AUGAUGCUCUACUGCAAAGCCCUACGAUCAAUGGGCAUUGAGAACAUUGCAUUCGUUACACGCAUCUACAUUCCACAUUCCAUUCAAAUACAAGCAACAGCUAAUAAAAACAGAGCCCUGUCUCCCCUAGAACGCAUAGCCCUCCAAAUGGCCAAAUCCGGCGCCCUAAACCAACUUCGCCUGAUAGCUGCUGAACCGGACUUCUACCUCUCCAAACUCCGGCUCCUCGAGGAGCUGAUGAGGAGCGGUAGUAGUGGUAGUGGUGGUUCGAACGAGAAAAUAGCACGGCGUCGAGACGUCUAUUUGCAGAUUCCACGGUCAAGUAUUGAGAAUUACGGACGGACGCUGCAGGACGGUAAUACUCCUGGUGCUUCUGCUCCUACCACUGCUGCUGCUGCUGCUUCUCAUGAUGACGGGGGAGCUGGUGCCCAGCUGAUUGAGUCCACAGCUCUGUUCUGGAACCUCCUCGAAACAUCCCAGGUUGGGCUGCAGUCCUUCGUGACGGAGGCAUUCAUCGCAGAGUGA